UGCCAUAAGGUGUGAGGAUGUUUCCAUCUAUUUUUCCUUGGAGGAGUGGGAGUAUAUAAAAGGAAACAAGGCCGUUCUCAAGGAAGCGAUAAAGGAGAAAGAGCCCCAGCAGCUCCGCCCACUGGGUGACGGUGAAUAUGAAGAUAAGAGAGAGAUUCCAGCUGAUCUGGGAGGAACAUUAUGUUGUAAUAAUGAGCCAAGCAAGAUUGGGGCUGAAGGAGCAGAUUUUUGUGCCAACAGAAAUCUCACAAACCCUGAAAUGUCUACAGCGGAACAGCCCCCACCGGCCAAUGGGAUUAAAGAGGAGGCGGCUUCAUGUGAACGAAAAAAACAACCAAAUUGCAGCUUGUAUCCAUGUACAGAACAGAUACAGGGAACAGACACACCUACACCUAUCAUGGGGUGCAGCCUGAAUAACAGCUCAGCAGCCAAUUAUGUAUCGGAUGAUAUAAAAGAGGAGGCAGCUUUAUGUGAAGAAGGAAACCGUAUUUUUUCAAAAUCAAAACAGAAAAGCAAUAAGUCUGUUCCUUUCAUGAGUUGUAGCCUGAAUUACAGCUUGUCAGACAGAUCAGAUGGGAUUAAAGAAGAGGCGACUUCAUGGGAAGGGGGAAACCAAUCAGAUUGCAGCAUUAAUCCCCUUACAGAACAGAUACAGGGAACAGACACACCUACUCCGAGUUCUGAGCGCCGUAAACAGUUUAGAAGUAAGGGCGGUCAGAAGACUGACAAGGAAGUAAAACCAUUUGUCUGUUCUGUUUGUGAGAAAUGCUUUGCGUGGUAUUCAGAUCUUCUUGUACAUCGGAAAAUUCAUACUGUAGAGAAACCAUUCUCUUGUUCUGAAUGUGGGAAAUGCUUUGCUCGUCGUGUACAUCUUAUUGAGCAUCAGAGAACCCACACAGGAGAGAAACCUUAUUCUUGUUCAGACUGUGGGAAACGGUUUUCAUAUCGUUCUGACUUUAACAGACACUGCAAGAGACACAAAGGACAUCAAAUAUUUACUUGCUCCCAAUGUAACAAACCAUUUACAUCCCACUCAGAUCUUGUUGUGCAUCGAAGGAUUCACUCGGAAAAUAGACUGUUUUCUUGUUCUGAAUGUGGAAAAAAUUUUAAACAUCGCUCUCACUUUACUGUCCACAAGAGAAUUCACACAGGAGAGAAACCAUUCACUUGUCCUAAGUGUGAUAAACGUUUCGCUCAUCGCUCAAAUCUCAUAAAACACCUGAGACAUCAUAAAGCAGAAGAAACAUUUCCUUGCUCUCAGUGUGGGGAACAUUUCCCUUGUGUUUCUGAACUAAAUGUACAUUUCAAGGUUCACACAGGAGAGAGGCCCUACUCUUGUUCUGAGUGUGGGAAAAGCUUUAAAGGAGACAAACAGGAUAGCUAAAAUCCCCCUAACCCUGUAGGCAAUUAUGAAUAAUAUCCGGUGCUGGUUUCCCUUUGGGCUAAACAUUAACCCUAUCUGUAACAAUGGCCCCUUUAUUGGAGCUCCCUAUAGAUCCUCUCAGGUCCCUGUCUGUGUUUCAAAUGAGGGGUGGGCGU